AUACUAAAGGUUAAUCUUAUCAGCCAAUUGUUGCUUACCUGUAUACAAUCGAACGAUCAGUCUCCACCUGAAAGAAAAUAGCUAAAAUAUUGUUCAAUAGCUGUGAAUACAUUCUUUGAACUACUUUCGUUAGGGUAAGAAACGAAAGAAUGGUUAAGACAAUGAAUAGGAAAGAGGGGAGGAGAUGGAUAUUCGAAACUGGCUUAAUUUUAAACUUUCUCUCGUGUUUAAAUGUUGGUCUUGGUUUCUCUACACCUUAUUGGAUUAUAUCCUGGCCCAGAGUGUACAGUCCGUUCAGACGAUUGGGUCUUUGGGAGGUAUGCUUCUCUGGCUUGGUUCUACCAGCCGAUACGUCUCAAAAAGCGUAUCACGGAUGCUGGUGGAUUCUUGCUCCAGAAUACUAUAAGAUUCGCGGUUGGAUUAUGCCACCUUGGUUUAUUUUUGUUCAAGUUGCAGUAACUGUUUCUUUCGUAAUGGAAUUAUGUAAUGUAAUAUUGGGCUUUCUUGCCUGGUUAAAGGUUAAGGAAAGAGCAAAUGACAGUAUGAAUAAUGAGGCUGGGCUACAAGAUAGAUCCCAACCUAUUUGUCUUAUCCAAUCCAUAACUACGUUGACCAUUAUAAGUUCUAUUUUGAAGGCUAUAACAAUUUUAGUUUUUGGAAUUAUGUUCAAAUUGGACCGACUCUGGCUACCAUUCCCUUAUUUGAACUAUCCUUCUUUCUCCUAUGGCUUGUUUAUUCUUAGCACAUUCUUUUCAAUAUUUGCUGGGAUAUCGCAUUUUGUUCAUACAGUAAUCGUUAGAGAUCUAAUAAGAGCGCCUCCGAUGAAGACCAAUAUCUCCAUGCCUUAUUUGUCAGUGAGGCCUGAGCCAGAAAAAGUACCUAUUGAUCAAGUGGAGCCAAUUGCUGCUGGAAGUACUGCAAGCAUGAAUAAAGCAGGAAUGAUUAAUAUAAUUUAA